GUGACCAAGAGCUGACGUGUGCAGAAGUCCUUCUUGUUCUGGUCCUUGUUCCCGUCUGAGUACCAGCUCCCCAUUGCCCUGAGGGCCAGCGGGCCUGCGGCAGAGGGAAGGAGGAGGAGAAGAAGGAAAUUGUCCCGGAUUCUUGCAGGGGGUCCGAGCCUCUCCUGGGUUGCCGGUCUUUCCGUAGGUUGCGGCACUACGCCAGGCAAGAGAAGAGGAAGGAAAUUAACCCCAAUCGGUGAAGGUCGAUUUGAGGGUCUGCUGUAGCAGGUGGUACCUUGAAGCGAGGGAGGAAGUUUCCUCGGAUCAGUAGAGAUCGCAAGGGUUGUUGGGUGUGGCACACCUCCAGGGGAGGGAAAAAGGGACCGACUGCCUGUCUGGAGGAGGUCCACCUCCAGUGUCAGCUACUGUGGCCUUGAAGUGGCUGAAGACAAUCACCUUCCACAGGCCUGCACCCAGGCCCAUAGCCCUCCUCUCUCCCAGCCUGAGUGAAUACUCUGUUCCUUGGUCCCUGCUAUUGUCAGGGACGAUUGCAUGGGCUACGCCAGGAAAGUAGGCUGGGUGACUGCGGGACUGGUGAUUGGGGCUGGAGCCUGCUAUUGCAUCUAUAGACUGACCCGGGGAAGAAAACAGAACAAGGAGAAAAUGGCUGAGGGUGGGUCUGGGGAUGUGGAUGAUGUUGGGGACUGCCCUGGGGCCCGGUACAAUGACUGGUCUGAUGAUGAUGAUGACAACAGUGAGAACAAGGGCAUAGUGUGGUACCCACCUUGGGCCCGGAUUGGGACUGAGGCUGGAACCAGAGCAAGGGCCAGAGCAAGGGCCAGGGCUACCCGGGCUCGCCGGGCUGUUCAGAAACGGGCUUCCCCCAAUUCAGAUGAUACUAUUUUGUCCCCGCAAGAGCUGCAGAAAGUUCUUUGCUUGGUUGAGAUGUCUGAAAAGCCUUAUAUUCUUGAAGCAGCUUUAAUUGCUCUGGGUAACAAUGCUGCUUAUGCAUUUAACAGAGAUAUUAUUCGUGAUCUGGGUGGCCUCCCAAUUGUAGCAAAGAUUCUCAAUACUCGGGAUCCCAUAGUUAAGGAAAAGGCUUUAAUUGUGCUGAAUAACUUGAGUGUGAAUGCUGAAAAUCAGCGCAGGCUUAAGAUAUACAUGAAUCAAGUGUGUGAUGACACAAUCACUUCUCGCUUGAACUCAUCGGUGCAGCUGGCUGGACUAAGAUUGCUUACAAAUAUGACUGUUACUAAUGAAUAUCAGCACAUGCUUGCUAAUUCCAUUUCAGACUUUUUUCGCCUAUUUUCAGCGGGAAACGAAGAAACCAAAUUUCAGGUUUUGAAACUCCUUUUGAAUUUGGCUGAAAAUCCAGCCAUGGCUAGAGAACUGCUCAGGGCCCAAGUGCCCUCUUCGCUUGGUUCCCUCUUUAAUAAGAAGGAGAACAAAGAGGUUAUUCUUAAACUUCUGGUCAUAUUUGAGAACAUAAAUGACAAUUUUAAAUGGGAAGAAAAUGAACCUACUCAGAAUCAAUUCAGCGAAGGUUCACUGUUUUUCUUUUUAAAAGAAUUUCAAGUGUGUGCUGACAAGAUUCUGGGGAUAGAAAGUCACCAUGAUUUUUUGGUGAAAGUAAAGGUUGGGAAAUUCAUGGCCAAACUGGCCGAGCGUAUGUUCCCAAAGAGCCAGGAAUAACUUCUUGAUUUUGUAGUUUAGAAGCAACACACAUUGUAAAACUAUUCCUUUUUCUCCACCUUGUUUAUAUGGUAAAGGAACCCUUUCAGCUGCCAAUUUUGAGUGAUGAGUAUCAUUGUAUCAUCAAGGCUGAUGUUUAUCUGAGUUGGUUUUCAGGUCUAAGCUGGAUGAACACUACCUGUUCUGAAAACAUGUUUGUUGCUUUUUAUCUCGCUGCCUAGAUUGAAAUAUUUUUACUAUUUCUUUUGCGUGACAGUGAACCCGUUGGUCAUAAGUAAGCUCCCUCCUGUCAUUUGCAUUAACUUUGUGUAUCAUCAAUAAAGUUGUGUGUUAAUGCUGAAAAGAAAAAAGAAAGAGACCAU